UUUAACCAGCAGGAAGCUGCUCCUUAUUGGAACGCUGAAGUACAGCUACGGAGCUGGUGCACACGGAAAGAUUCCAGUUCAGUCACGGGAAGAAUUUUUCGAAAGAUUCUCCACAGACACUGGGAAUCGAGACUUACUGAAAGCCUCUAUCUGCCCCACUGAAGAGCUUCUGCACAACUAGGGAGAGGACACUCCCAGCCUGGGCUUCAGCUGGCCAUCAGAAUGGAAGGUCUGGGGGUCACUUAUCCUCCCUCCUGACUCACAUCCACAGGAUGCCAGCGCUAAGGCUGUGUAGCUGAUUAAGUGGGGGGAGGGGCUUAAAGGAAGCAUGAAGGACAGCUGGCCUUUCUCUUUUCCUUUCAUUCGUGGCACUAGGUGCCAGUCCCAGGACCUAUACACUGGACAAGGGCUUGACCACUGGGCUAGGCCACCAGCACAGAGUGACCAGAGACAGGAAAGUCAGAGCGCAGACAUUUCAUCCAAGUAUAAGAUCACCCCAAAUGCCAGUCUUUCUUCCUGAUAGCCUCUGGGGUCCUGUAGCCUAUAAAACAGGGCACAUGAGGUAGGGACAUGAGCUCUCUUGUCAUACAGGUGCCUCUAGCAAGAACCUCUGCUAUCAGCCUCAUGUCUGGCUACUGAGGUAAAUGAAGACCUGCUGUUACAUAUGGACUAUCCUGGGAAUGGCCAGGGCAGCUGUGGGUAAGGGAGCAAAAGGAAGCUGUGAGUGUCCUGGCAGGGAGGCCUUGUCACAGCCUGGCCGCACUCUUCCCUUCCCACGUGACAGAAGCAGCAGGUGUCUGUGGAGUCAGUGUCUCCUGCCCAAAGGCUAAGGACACUCCCGUCAUCCAGUGAGCCAGCCUGUGGUGGUUAUUCUCGGUGAUGACGAAAGCUCACCAUGGAGAUCCGCGGCUGGACCAGGCUGGCAGAGAGAACCUGUCAGGACCAGGGCUUGGCAGGGAAAGCUUGAAGGAGAGUCUAGACGUGUGCUGCAGGAAGUGAGGGCCAGUUGUGUCCGGAGUAUCCGUGGAAACCCUGUCUGUGGACGAAGAGCAGGAGCCCAGACUCUCAGAUAGUUGUGAGGCAAACCUGUGAGAGACCCCACUCCUGGCACCAAGGACCCUGUAGCCCUCAUGGCCUCCAAAGUAUUGAGGAAACCCUUCAUCCAGGAAGUCACUGAGUGUCUGCAGGACUCAGCAAGCAGAAGAGACCUGCAGUUCCUGUUGGCCAAAGAAGAAGCCUGGAAUGUGUUGGUGGCAGAGGCUGAAUUGUCCAGAGAUGAGGAAGCUGCACUGCGUAAGGCUCUGAGGCAGCUCCUAGAGCUCCCAGUCGUGGAGGACAAAGAACGGCUUCAAAAAGAACUGCAGGACAGGAAGAGGUUUGCGGAAGAAUUUCCUCAGUUGAAAAGGAAGCUGGAGAAAAUCAUUAGGAAGCUCCGAGCUCUGGCUGAGCAUCUUGACCAGGUUCACAAGGGCUGCACCAUCUCCCAUGUGGUGACCAACUCCACUAGCAUUGCCUCUGGAGUCCUGGGCAUCCUGGGUCUAGCUCUGGCACCUGUGACAGCAGGGGGCAGUCUGCUGCUCUCAGCCACUGGGGUGGGGCUGGGGACAGUGGCUACUGUGACUGGUGCUGCCACUGUAAUUGUGGAAGAAACAAACAAGUGGUCAGAUGAAGCUGAAGCCAAGCGCCUGUUGUCAGACACCAUGGAUACUAUGAAGAAAGUUUUUGACCUGGGAAAGAUCGUGUGUAAACUUUCUGUAAAGUCCUAUGGUGUCUUCAAGAAAUUGAAAACCUUGGGACAAAACAUCCAUGCCAUUAGGGUAGCCAGAGCCAACCCUCACUUAGUGGCAGACGCCAAGCUCCUCAUGACUGCUGGAAGAAUCUCUGCCCAACAAGCUAGUCAGGUGAAGAAUGUCUUUGAAGGCACUGCUCUGGCAAUGACCAAAAAGGCCCGAAUCAGAGGGGCAGCCACUGCAGGUGUCUUCCUCGCAGUCGAUGUGUAUUACCUUGUAAGAGAAUCUAUGCAUUUAUAUGACGGAGCAAAGUCAAAGUCCGCCGAAGAACUGCGGGCGCUGGCUCAGGAGCUAGAGGAGAAGUUGAAAGAGUUGGAUAAGUUCUACAGGACUUUCUAGGUUCCUCAGUGACAGCCUCCCCCGACAACACAGAGGUCAGUCCCAGGAGACGAUCUGGACAGAUUAGAGGCACUGAGGCAUUUUGUUGGGGGAGGAAUGAGGUAGCUGGUGUUAACCCUCAUCUCAACACAACCUAGACUCCUGUGGGAAGACAGUCUUGACGAGGGGCUCUCUAGCUCAGGUUGCCUUGUAAGCAUACUUGGGAGAGAUUUUUCUUCAUGACUCUAAUUGAGGUGGGUAGAUUCCUUCACUGCGGGGGCACUAUUCUCUGGGUAUGGGUUCUGAACUGUAUAAGGGAAAGAAGGCUGAGCACCGGUAAGCAUGCAUGCAGGAAUUCAUUUCUCACUGCUCUGGACUGUGGACACAUUGUGGCUAGCUGCUUGGACUUCCAGCCUCGACUUCCUCAGUGAUAGACUAUAGCCUGGAACUGUAGGUCGAAAUAAAGCUUUCUCCUCUCA